AAAAUAGAAACUCGCCUUGCCGCGCGAGGCGUGAAUUGGAAAAUGUUUUCGAUCGUGCGUCUGAUUUAGGUAUGCGAAAUCGCAUAGGUUCGAGUGUCAAAAAAAGGGAAAAAAAGGAGGCCCUGAGUUGAUUUUGUCCCUCACAGCUAAAAGAUCAGAUUUCUUCUCUAAAUCCCUCAAAGUGUUUUUCAAGCAGAUAUACUUUCGCUUUCUCCACAACUACAUCUUCAAAAUAUAAAACCAUGGGAUUUGGGAGUUUUGAAGCCAUUUGUGGAAAAACCGGGCUUCCUAUAUGCUCGGUCGUAGCUCCAAUCGCUGAGAAGGGCUCGACAUAUUUCAGUACAGGGGUGGUUCCUGACUGCUACUCUCGGUCCGUCGAGUUGGCCAAUACGAUGAUUUUCCAAAUCGGAAAUGCAUUUAUUCACAUUGGAACGCUUAUCAUUCUACUCAUCAUCAUCUUCAACGUGAGGUCCAAAUACACCGCGAUCGGCCGGUCAGAAAUGUUGAGUUUUUUCUAUCUCUACAUGGCCUUGACGAUCUCGUCGUUGGUGGUGGACUGUGGAGUUUCGCCGCCAGGAUCUGAGAGUUACCCCUACUUUGUGGCAUUACAGCUCGGCAUAGUUUCGGCUGUGUGUAUAUGUCUAUUGUAUAACGGGGUGUUGUGCUUUCAGUUUUGGGAGGAUGGGUCACGCACUUCCAGGUUCGGCUUAUACUUGAUCUGUAUUGUGUGGUUUGUGAUCAACUUUGUGCUCGCCUUGGCCACGUUCCAGUCUUGGGGCUCUUUAUCCAACUCAGACACCACCGGUGUCUUUGUUGUCACAUACAUUUUGAACGCUAUCAUCUUGGUCACCUACGUUAUUUCUCAGCUCAUCUUGGUGUUCUUUGCGCUCGACUCCUACUGGUACUUAGGUGCGAUCGUCUUGUUUUCAUUUUUCUUUGUUGUUGGCCAGCUUUUGGUUUACGUGUUCAACUAUCAGAUCUGCUCCAGACUCACACACUAUGUGGAUGGUAUCUUCUUUGGAACUUUAUGCAACACUUUCGCUAUAAUGAUGGUCUAUAAGUUUUGGGACAUGAUCACGAGUGAAGACUUAGAGUUUUCUGUGGCAAAUGUCGAAAGAGGAGUUACUCCCUUUGGAGACAAUCACGAGAAGUCCCAAAGCCAGUACUUUAACUAAGGUUUACAAAAUAGUAGAAAUGGAAAUAGUUCUACAAAAGAUAGUUUUGAGAAUGCUGUCAUGAAACCAAAUCGGCGAAAUAUGAGGCGAGAGAACCCGUCCUUUGGUUUCCUCCAGGACCUUUUACAUUCCUUGGAUUGAUAUGAUGUACGAGGUGGGUGCACACUCGUGUCAAAGAUCCAAUCGUAGCUACAUGUGGUGACAGCAGUUAAAUGCAUGCUACAUACACCAUAGAGCUCAAUGGCGAAGAGAGAUAAGUACAGUAAAGUGACCCAUUUUCAAAGCGUGUAAUAAUUAACAAAAAUGUCUGAAUCUUAGUAUGUCGUGGAAUGUCUUUAUGACGCGGAAAUGCGCACAUGAAGCUUGUGAGCCGCAGCGAGUCACGGGUUUUCCUUUUAAGCAAGGCAUGGA